UAAUUUUUUUUUUUGUGUUUUCACUCAAAAUAAUUUUUCUUAUUUUACUUUUCAUUCAACCAAAUUUAAAAAAAUGGAUUGUCUUAUGAAAUUGGGGUCAAAAGCUCUUGGCAUUGAUGCUUUUAUGAAAUUACCAAAAAAAAAUCCUUGGUCAUUUUGGACGGGUAUUUGUGUACUUGUUCUUUGUUUAUUAUUCUGGUUAGGAACAUUUAUGUUGAAUAAAUUUUCAUUUGUCGACGAAUCAUUAUUGCCAAUAACGAUGGCAACAAUAACAACAAAUACAAUAGUAACAACAACAAUACAAUCAGUUAUUGAUAAACCAAAAGAUGAAUAUGAUAAAUGUUUGAAAAUAAUCGAUACUAAAUCAACUCAAUCAUCAUCAUCAAUGGUAAAAUUAGUGGGAAAAUGUUGUCCAGAACCAGAUGAUUGUAAAUGUUUUCUAGAUAAUAAAACUAGAAAUAUUAUAAAAAAAUCAUGUCCAGAAUUAUUUACAAAAAAUUUUGCCCAAAUUUGUUAUCCUUUACAAAGAUAUAAACGACAAACUAUUGUUGAGAAUAAUUCCAUUGAUAAUAGAAUUAUUUCAUUCAAAUUAAAAUUUCGAGAAAAUUAUUCAAUCGUCGAAUAA